GCGGAGCACAGUCCCUGGGGGGGACACCUGAGGAAGACCCUCCCAGCUGAGCGUGACUCAGACCCGGGCUCUGGGAACACAGGGGUCAGCUAUGACCACCCUCUCCCCUGAGAACAGCCUCUCGGCCCGCCAGUCAGCCUCCUUCAUCCUGGUGAAGAGGAAGCCACCCAUCGACAAGACUGAGUGGGACAGCUUCUUUGACGAGAAUGGCCAACUGUCCAAGCCGCGGGAUUUCAUCUGCCUCAGCAUCCUGGAGAGGGGCCUGCACCCAGGCGUGCGCACGGAGGCCUGGAAGUUCCUCACAGGUUACUACUCCUGGCAGAGCUCCCAGGAUGAGCGGCUGAUGGUAGACGGUACCCGGAGGAGGAACUACGAGGCCUUGUGCUGCAUGUAUGAGAAGAUCCAGCCCCUGCUGGAGAACUUGCACCGGAACUUCUCAGAGACCCGGAACAACAUUGCCUGUGACCUGCAGAGGCUCUAUGACAAGGACCCGCUGGGCAACGUGCUGGUGGACAAGACUCGGCUGCAGAAGGUCCUGCUGCUCAGCUAUGUCUGCAACACACAGGCCGAGUACCAGCAGGGCUUCCACGAGAUGGUGAUGCUGUUUCAGCUCAUGGCGGAGCACGACCACGAGACCUUCUGGCUGUUCCAGUUCUUCCUGCAGAAAACGGAGCACAGCUGUGUGCUCGGUGUGGGCGUGGACAGGAACCUGGCCACCCUGGGCCAGGUCAUCUCCCUCCUGGACCCCGAGUUUGCUGAACACCUCCGAGGGAAGGGCGCGGGGGCCCUGCAGUCACUCUUCCCCUGGUUCUGCCUCUGCUUCCAGCGUGCCUUUAAGUCCUUUGAGGAUGUGUGGAGGUUCUGGGAGGUGCUGCUGACCGGCAAGCCUUGUAGGAAUCUGCAGGUGCUGGUGGCCUACAGCCUGCUGGGCAUGGUGCGCGCCCAGGUGCUGGGGGAGCAGCUGGGGGGCGAGGACAUCCUCGCGGCCUGCAAUAGCUUGGUGGACCUGGCCGCGGACGAGCUGAUCUCGGCUGCCUGCAUGGCCUACGCAGAGCUCAUGCAGAGAGAAGUGCCCCAGCCGCUGAAGGACUUCUUCCUCUGAGGACUCGCAGUGGACGCCUGGCUGCAGCUCGGAGGGCGGGUGGACACAGGAAUACAGCUGCGGCCACUG